CACCUUUUCUCUAUUAAUUUAACCAUCACAUCCUACUUUAUCCAUUACAUCAAAAGCGCCAUGGCUGAGCCGGAGCAGCCAUUAAAGAAACGGAAGGUUGGUGAAAAUAUCACAGAAUCCUCACCCCCGGUGCCGCUUCUGUCACGGCCGCUGUUUCCACCACCACCGCCACCACCGUUGGAGGCGGUUCAACCGCCUCCUCCGCCUACGCCGCCGCAGAUAUCACACGAGGAAGUGUUGCUGAGGAGGAGGAACCAGGAAGAGAUCCGGAAUGUCUAUGGAUGCUUCAAUCGAAUUAAUUUCUGCAUCGCUCAGAAAGACAAACGCCUCCAACCUGACAUCGAACGGGCUUACCUCUCUCUCAUCACUGCCUCCAGAGGAUGCAGUAGUGUACAACGUCUAGCAGCUGAAUUCAUUCCUAAAUAUGCAUCACACUGCCCUACUGCUCUUGAAGCUGCUGUCAAAGUUCUAAUCAAUAUGCAUAAUUGGAGUUUUGCGGUGGUCAGUAGAGUGGAAGAUGCAGAUGGCAUUGCAUUUGACAUUGUCAAAGCUUGCAUAUUUGGCCUAGCUGAUAUCUGCCAGAGUGCUGCAACUGCUGCACCAUUGUCAUCUGUUAUUCAAGGUGUCUCAACAACUGUGUUUCGUGAUGCAUUGACCUUCUUGAUAUCCUCAUUUGAAGGGACUAAUAUCUUCCAGAUUGUUGAUAAGGAAUUCCUCAAAACUGAUGAUAUUUUGGGUUCAUUAACCCAAUAUCAGAAAAAUGUGGUAGCUUUGGAUGAUUCCCGCCUGCUCAAGCUGAUGAAAUUUCGUGCUCUAAGUCUUCUUAGAAUUUUCUUUACAUGCACUAGAAAUGUAAUUUCAACUUGCUAUGAUCUCUUUGACUCUGCUGAGACACACAAAGAAGGAAAUUACUUUUUAAGGCAGUUAAUAGAGAGAUUUGAUGUACCUUCAUCCCGCCCAUUGAUUGUUGAAUGCAAUGGAUCAAUGCAGUCUAUAUCUAAGAACACAAGCUACAGUGGCGAUGAUUGUAUCCACAAUGGUUUUGCAACAGAGAGUAAAAACACCUUAAAGCAUACAAAAGCAGUUCCAAAAAUUUGCUUGUUGGCCCUGGUUCUAAACAACAAUAUAUCAUUAAAAAAAUGGAUCAUUUCUAGGCAUAAGAAGUUAUGCAAGUCAGGAUUUUCUCAGGUUGUCUCAGCAAUUACAUCUAUUUUGGAAGAGGUUUUUGACUCUUCUUUGGAUCAAAUUAAGAUAGACGAUAUUAUUGAAGAAAGUGAGGAUGAUUUUCGCUCAAGAGAACAUAAUAAUCAAUGUUUUAUUCCUAGAGCAUGUAGUCAAGGGCAUACUACCGAGGUUUCAAGAAGUUCAAUGGUUUCUCAAUUACCAGAUCGUCAUUUGAAUACUGAUAAUUUAGGUUCAAGGUCCAUGACUAUUGAUUCUAAGGAGCAAGGUGAUUUGGUGUAUAAUAGGUCCUCCAUUUCUGGGGAAUUGUCAAAUCAACAAGUUUCUUCACCUGUAAUAAGACCAUUGUACUCAAGAAGUUUCUCCAUCGAUGGUGGAACCUGUAGUUCUCCAACUGAGAGAAGUCUUACUCCAAGCAUGGAUCAUCAUCUCCCUGCAUUAAGAACCUGUGGAGGUGCUGUUUGCUCUACUCCUUCCCCUAAGAAACCUUUUCCACUAAACCACUCUUCAGGAUUUGGAACUAGGGGCACUAUAAAUGGUGUUGCACAAGGUUCUAGUUCUCAUGUUUACAUUGGAAAUGUUCAAAAUCAAUGGGCAAAGGAUGAUAUCAUCCAUGAAGCAAGGAAAAUAGUUUACAACGGCCCUGUCACGGUUACUGAUAUCUAUAGUGAAGCUGCAUUGCUCAUGGAAUUUGAGACACCUGAGGAGGCUUCCAUGGUAAUGAAUCAUCUAAGGCAAUGCCGAAAUGCAAAUAAUUGCUUUAUAUGGCCCCCAAACGCAGGCCCUCUGAAUGCCACUAUGCAUGCUGAAGGCUCAAGGCUGGCUUCCACUUUCUCUCCUUGUCGUAUGGCUGUUUCAUCUCAUGUUCAUACCAUGAUUGAGCAACAGACCAAUGUCCAGUUAACCAGUAAACCCGGAGUGCAUCAUGUUCCGUCUUUUGCAAAACCUGACAAUGGUUUUAUGGAGCAUACAUCUCCUAGGAUAAAGCCAGAACAUGGGGCUAUGACAUCAAGUGAACAUCCUGGAUUUCAACCACAAUGGAGGCCUUUUGUGGGCCAAGAUAUGCAUGAAGUCAGGGAAGUUGACAAAAUUGCUGCUGAUCCUUUUAACCAAGGUGGUGGCAUUUCUGGCAGUGGUGAUCAAAUGUGGGCAUACAGGAAACCUGAAAGAGAACUCCACUCUGGACCAGGAGGUAUAUCAUGCAUUCCUACACCAACUCAAGGACUUGCUAUGGGACCCUCAAUAUUCAGUCAGGGACCUCCUGUUGCACCACCACAGCCACUUCAAACACCUCUAGCCGCACCGCCACAUCUGGUUCAAGCAAGUCCAUUUGCGCACCACCAGGUGCCUUUUGGGCCUUUACUUGCACCAGCACAUCCAAUUCACACACAUAUAGUACAAUCACCACAACCAACUCAACGCCCUACUAUUUCACCAUCGCAGCCAGUUCAAACUCCUUUUAUACAACCUGGUUACUUCCCUCCAAGUAGUUGGGAUACACAUCUCUUGAACCAUAGCUUGCCUCCAAUUCCUUCCCCAUCCAGUGUAAUGCCUACCAGUAUUCAUCACAAUGCGCGUGUACCACCGUAUUUGCCUGCUGCUGUGACCCCCCUUGCUCAGUUUCACGCAAACUCAAUUCCACCAUACAAUCAUACACUAUACAUGAAUAAUCGGCCUCCUUCAGCAUCUUUCCCUCCCCCGUCAACUGAAUUUCGACAUCCUUUUACUAAUCAACCCGGGGUUCAGCCCCCAUUAUCUUCAUCACCACCUCAUCCAGGGCCACAAAUUGUUCCUCCCCCGCCUAAUUCCCCACCCCCGCCUCCUCCAUCAGAAUCUUUAAAUUCAGAGAAUUUGAAGCAAUGCCCACAGAACCAGUGGCAGGGAUCCUUGAAUAAAAGUGGGAUUCAUUACUGCAAAGUUUAUGCACAGAGGGUAGAAUCUGUUGUUUGCAAGUAUUCAAGUGCUGUUGCGGAACCAACAGAGUGGCCUGCAAAGUUAGAUAUGACAAAACGCACAGAUUUUCAGCACGUCAAAUCUACAUUUUCUAGUACCCCGCCUAACAAAAGGGAGAUAUGCUGGUUACUUCCUGCUUCUCAAGAUGACCAUAAGGGUUUUCAGGAUUUCAUAUCAUACUUGAAACAGAGGGAAUGUGCGGGUGUAAUUAAAAUGCCAGCAGUGAAAUCUAUGUGGGCUAGAAUUCUCUUUAUCCUUCCACAGUGUCCAGAGAUCUGGUCCAUGCUUUCUCUUGAGCCCAACCCCGGGCCUUGCCUCAUCGGUCUAGUCUUGCCUAAAGAAACAAACUUUGAAUGGGUAUGAGACGAUUUAGUGUACCAUCAAAAUGGCGACUCUGCUUUUCAAGUGGAAGUUGGCAGCGCUAUUCAAGGAGAGAAAGGUAAAUAUAGCACUUUGCAACAUUUUAGGAAGGACGAGCUGACCAAUUUUGCUUUGUAAAUAUGUCCACUUUGAUUAGGAAGAUAUCUUUGGGGUAUUAAAUUAAACACAGAUGCCCAAUGUUGGGGUUGUGUUUAGGAUUGUUUUCAUUUAUAAUCAUAUGAAGGGUGUUAUAGACUAGAAACACUUGUGAGAGUUAGUUAACCUCCUCUUCUUUAUUUGCUCUUUUUUUCUUCUCGGCCGUACUCGUUAUACUCCGUAAUUAAUAAAUAAGCAAACAAUUU